GUCCACAGGCUGCUGACAAGCAGACUGCUCAUGAUGUCUAUCACAACUUGAUCUUGAUUCAAUAUUGACAACAGCUGUACAGGUUUGUUGUUCAGGUCUUUUUUUUUAUCAGCCCAGCUAUUCCCGUGUCAACAUUUGCCCCAGACCUCGUGCAUCUGUCGGCGACUACCUCAUAACCCGCCGAACGAGAGAAAAGGCAUGCUUGCCUGCCUGCAGCGCCAACCCUGCCUUGGCUCAUAUUCUUCGUCAAUACUAUUAAACCACCAGUGGAGAGAGACUUCGCAGGAAAUGAUAAAUGGCCACCUCCGGCUCCCCAACUCUAUCCCCGAAACGACGGGUCCGCUCGCUAGCUCGUACCGUUGAGCGAACAUGUGUCGCAAUAGCUUCAUAUUUCCCCCUGGCAUUCGUUUAUGGUUUAACUACAUGGGCGGUAUGGGUUGAUGCUGGGAUCGGCUUUUUGCCCACAAAGAGUAGAUGGCUAGGUUUACCAAGCUCAGCAGUAGGAAUUAUCCUAUAUAUAAUGCUUAACCUAUCGUACACGGUCGCAGUUUUUACAGAUCCCGGCUCACCCCUCGGUUCGCCAGAUAAGCGCGGGAGCGACCGUGGCCAGUAUAGUCAUCUUCCUACCACGGAAUUGCCGGAAUAUCAGAGCUAUACAGUCAACAGACACGGGGGCGCUAGAUUCUGCAAGAAGUGUCAGUGCCCAAAGCCCGAUCGCGCUCACCAUUGCUCGAGUUGCAAGAGAUGCGUGUUAAAGAUGGACCACCAUUGUCCGUGGCUGGCCACUUGCGUGGGACUUCGCAACUACAAGGCAUUCAUGCUCUUCCUUAUAUACACGUCAACCUUCUGUUGGGCUUGUUUCGCCACAUCUGGUUUGUGGGUUUGGGAUGAAGUUCUGAACGACGUUGUGUACGCAAACACUUUAAUGCCUGUAAACGUCAUUUUACUCGCCGUGAUUUCUGGCAUCAUCGGAUUGGUCCUGACUGGCUUUACUGCCUGGCACAUCAGCCUCGCUGUACGGAAUCUAACUACCAUCGAGUCGUUGGAGAAGACCCGAUACCUUUCUCCUCUACGUAAAGCUCUUGACCGCCAGCGCGGCGAUUACCAAGCCGCCCAAGACCAGAGUGUCGGCAAUCCUACAAGGAACAGUGGUUUUGGCCACCGACUACAAGGAUACGGGCAGCAAAUAAUUGAGGCGCAUGCAAAUGCUAUUCCGGGGGUGACCCGCGCGGAAGAGGGUGAAGAGCGGCUCUCUCCGAUUGUAGAGCCCCAAUCUGGUCACCACCAGGAUUAUAUCUCUUUCCUACGUGAAUCGAAUACUGAUGGUACACCUGCUCAAAAAGCUUUGCAUCGCUCGUACGAAGAAUUGGAACGACAGAGAGAACGUGAGCGCUAUGAAGACUACCUUGACUCCCGAGACAGUGAGAACAUUCCCAGCCCUUUCAAUCACGGAUGGAAACAGAACCUGCGCCAUUUAUUCGGCGACAACCCAUUCCUCUGGGCUCUUCCUAUUUGCAAUACCUCUGGUGAUGGCUGGUAUUGGGAACCCAGUCCCGCGUUCCUUGAGGCAAGAGAUCGUAUCAGACAGGAGCGUGAGCGCGAAAUGUCCCAAUGGCUAGAACGACAACGCCAGCAAUCCUAUGAUCAUUGGAUGAACAAUAACAAUGCAACACGAACUUCCACAGUGCCGGUUCCCAUGCAGCGCUUCUCCAAGAGUGGACACAAUGGCUCCAGACCGAAUUCCGGUGUCUCAAUGACGACGCUGCGACCGAAGUCGCCACGAAUGCACCAUGAAGACAGUGAUGCUGACGAAUACGAUUUGGAUUCAGAUGAUGAUGAUGGGCUACAGAAACUGCACCGGGGUCGGAAUGGCCAUUCGCCAGGGAGCAAAGCUGAUCGAGUGCUUGGAAUCACCCGCGAUCAGUUUGGAAGCCCAAAAGAUGAAUGGCGAGACUGGGACUAAUCUUGCUGCUUGUGUACCUGUAAACGCAUUGGGACUAUGGGGAUUCUCAAGCUUAGUCACGAUGCUAUCACAUAUCUGCUUGGGCGUUCAUGUUCGAGCGUGUAAAUGUACUGGACGGUGGAAUUAUUGCUGGCAUUUCGAAUUGGAUGUUUGUCCAUAUUGGCACAGGUUAGGGUCACGACAUUAUGUUAGAAUUCUUGAUAUGCAGAAUCCGUACCGAUUUAUUUCUUCACU